AUGAUCUCGGACAAGUUCGGUCGACGAUGGCUCACACUGGGUUUGUUUGGAGCCGGCACAUUGGCAGUCAUGGCCAUUGGUAUCCUGGGCUCGUUCGACUACCAAGAGCCAAAGCUCGCCAGCGCCUUGGUAUUCUUUGCUUCCGUCUCCAACUUCCGAGUCAUCGGAGGUGCCGGUAUCGCCUACUCCUACGUCGGCGAGAUCCCUGCCCAGCGCCUCCGGGCCAGGACCGCUGCCGUCGCGCUCAUGGGCUCUUUCUGUCUGGGCCUGACUUUCAACUACACCGUGCCUCUAAUGCUGAAGGUCUGGAGUGUGCGAACAGGCUACUUCUUUGGCGUGACGGGGGCUAUCUCGUGCGUCAUCGGGUACUUUGUCCUGCCCGAGAUGGCCCAGAGAACGUCGGCCGAGAUUGACGAGAUGUUUGAGUGCAAAGUAGCCCCCCGCAAAUUCCGAAAGCACAUCACCCAGGUCCAGCUGAAUCUGGAGGCAAGCCAGCACGCCCACAAGGUCCUAGGAGACGAGAAGGCGUGA